GUCACAGUCAUCUGUUUUGGCACCAGCUGCAGUUCCAGCAUGACCAACCGGAGUCAAAGUCAAUGACAGGCUGGAGUUCAUCUUAUCAUGAAGUCAUAAAGCAGAGAGUAGUCUGUCAUUUUAGGAGACAUACUGUUCCUAAAUAGAAACUUCUGAUAGGCUGUAUACACACAGAAUGAACUUUGAACAGUGUGCCUAUGAUGACGUGACUGAUAAACACACAUUAAUGCGGGAUGGAGGGCAGAGAUAAACCUCAGGCCACGCAGAUUUAAUUUCGACAGUAGCCCUGAGGAAGCCUGCAGCUUUUCUUCUUCUUUGGUUUGAUUGUAUUGCAAAGACUGGAUUAACAUCUCUCCUGAGUUCACAAGACCAUGACUAUCGGCAGGAGCUCCAAAAAGUUCAAGGCCCCUCGUUCUCCUCCUUUCCUGGACAAGGCUAAUGGAUUCUAUGGGCGCUUGGAUGAGAUAUUUGGAGACGAUGUACAGAUGGAGGGGAAGACCACAGAAGAGCAGAUAGCAACCUUAAACCAGAGCUGCCGAGACAAUAGCACAGCUCCAGGAUGGAUAGAAGAGGAUGACCAUGUGGCUGAUUUUAACCAGGGUAUGAUGGAAGACGAUGGGACCACUUUACUAGAGAGAAAGCCCAGCAGACUGAGUCGCCGCUGGAACAGGAUGAGCUCCAGGAAGGCAAAAUAUGACAAAUUUACCUUAGAGAAAGACCUUGGUAAUGAGACCAACAAGCCCAUCUCUGUAGAUCCAAACUCAGAUGUGCCACCAGCAACCCUGGGAAAAAGCAAAAAAACAGAACCAGCACUGGUCCAUUUCUCUGUGAGGGAACACGCUGAUGACCAGAUUCUGAUAUCAGGGAAGAAGCAUGGAAAAGGGGAAAUGGAAAACGCAAGAAAAGAGAAGAAGACAGAAGGCAAACUGAAUGGAGAGUCAAUGGAAGUUGUGAAGAGGAACACUCUCAAGAAUUAUCGCAAGGCCAUGGACAGAGCUUUACGUCGAGGAUGGGAGACUUUCGUUGCCAAUCUGUAUAGUGUGACACUGACACCUAUAUCAUCAACCUCUUCUUCUUCAUCCACCCCAUCAGACAAAACUGAAAUGAACAGGAAUCGUGUUUUAGCAGAACUCAGAUAACAGUCAAACACACUGACUUGUAGUUUCAAAUUGACGAGUAAUUCCAUUUAUUAAUUUAAAUGUGCUCAAAUAUUUAAUAUGCAUUGUUGUUCUUGCAUAAAA